AUGGACCCCUCAGAGGAAGACCUCAUCCUGUCCCUGAUCGAGGCCGACGUGGGUCCUGGAUCCCGCGAAGCCAUGGCCGCCGCGGUCUCCAAGGUCCCCUCCGCCGGGGACAAGGCGUCGGAGCUGUCCACCUCCGCCAGCGUCGUGCUCGAGGACGUGGCGCUGUGGAACAAGUUUAGUCAGGUCACCAACGAGAUGAUAGUCACCAAGUCCGGCAGGCGCAUGUUCCCCGUGGUGCGUGUGUCCGUGAGCGGCCUGCACCCUCGCGCCAUGUACAGCCUGGUGCUGGACUUCAGUCAGGUGGGCUCGCAGCGCUGGAAGUUCCUCAACGGCCGCUGGGCCAGCGCCAGCCGGGCCGAGCCGCCGCCGCGCCAGGGGCUCUUCGUGCACCCGGACUCGCCCAACUUCGGCGCCCACUGGACCAAGGCUCCGGUGUCCUUCUCCAAGGUCAAGCUCACCAACAAACCCACGUCCAGCCAGGGAUUUGUGGUGCUCAACUCCUUGCACAUGUACGAGCCCCGGGUGCACCUGGUGCGUGUGGAUCAGCGGCGCAUGUGCAGUUUCCCCCUUCGAGAGACCCGGUUCAUUGCUGUCACCGCUUACCAAAACGAACAGGUGACGGCCUUAAAGGUUCGGCACAACCCGUUCGCCAAGGCCUUCCUGGACAGCAAGGAGCGUACAGGCUGCCGAGCUCUCAGCGCUCCCGUAGCCGACAGUCUGCAAGACCCAGUAGUGAGUCCCGACAGCCCGCCAUCCGACAACAAGCCAGACCUGGGCACCGACCUGCAGAACCAGUUCCCUCUCUCCUGGCGCCAGCGCCAAGACCGAACCCAGGGAACGUCGUGCAGCCACCCGUGGACGCCUCCGAGCGUGCCGAAUCCUCCCGAAAUCCAUAGCCCCGAUGGCGCGGUCGCAGCUAGGCCAGAGUUACCAGGACCUGUGCAUCAGCAGCAGCAGCAGCAGCAGCAGCAGCACCAGGAGGCGGCGGUGCUGCGCAGACACUUCAGCCACGCGUUUCCUUACAUCCCAAGCAACGGAGGCUUCUCGGCCGUAGCGUCGGUCGUGAGCAUCAGGGAGGAGUGCUGCAGGCCGUGCGAACUCGUCAAGGACAUCGGGGAUGGCUACGGUAACUGUGUGUCUCCAGUGGCCUCGAUGGCGACAUCUCCCGACGGAAAUCGCUGGAGCCCUCCGACACCGCCGUCGUGA